AUGAAGGCAGGCUGUGCAGCCGGGUCUCCAGGGAAUGAAUGGAUUUUUCUCAGCUCGUAUGAAAGAAACACACGCUCUAAGAAAACAAUGUCCAACAGGGCACUGCAAAGAUCUGUCGUGCUGUCAGCGUUUGUUCUGCUGCGAGCUGUUACCGGAUUCUCCGGAGACGGGAAAGCGAUAUGGGAUAAAAAACAGUAUGUGAGUCCGGUGAAUGCAAGUCAGCUGUUUCUCUAUGACACUUUCCCUAAAAACUUUUUCUGGGGUGUCGGGACUGGAGCAUUUCAAGUGGAAGGGAGUUGGCAGGCUGACGGAAGAGGACCCUCGAUCUGGGAUCGCUUCAUCUACACACACCUGAGAGAUGUCAGCAUCACAGAGAAAUCUGCCGACAGUUACGUUUUUCUGGAAAAAGACUUAUUGGCUCUGGAUUUUUUAGGAGUUUCUUUUUAUCAGUUCUCAAUCUCCUGGCCACGGUUGUUCCCCAAGGGAACAGUAGCAGCCGUGAAUGCAAAAGGUCUCCAAUACUACAACGAACUUCUGGACUCGCUGGUACUUAGGAAUAUUGAGCCCAUCGUUACCUUAUACCAUUGGGAUUUGCCUUUGGCGCUACAGGAAGACUAUGGGGGUUGGAAAAAUGCAACUAUGAUAGAUCUCUUCAAUGACUAUGCCACAUACUGCUUCCAGACCUUUGGAGACCGUGUCAAGUAUUGGAUUACAAUUCACAACCCUUACCUGGUUGCUUGGCAUGGGUUUGGCACAGGUAUGCAUGCACCAGGAGAGAAGGGAAAUUUAACAGCUGUCUACAUUGUGGGACACAACCUGAUCAAGGCUCAUUCAAAAGUGUGGCAUAACUACGACAAAAACUUCCGCCCCCAUCAGAAGGGUUUGCUGUCCAUUACCUUGGGGUCCCACUGGAUAGAACCAAACAAGACAGAAAACAUGGCCGAUACAAUCAGCUGCCAGCACUCCAUGGCUUCUGUGCUUGGAUGGUUCGCCAACCCCAUCCAUGCGGACGGCGACUACCCUGAGUUCCUGAAGACGAUGGCCGCCAUGCCCGCGUUCUCUGAGGCAGAGAAGGAGGAGGUGAGGGGCACAGCUGACUUCUUUGCUUUUUCCUUCGGACCUAACAAUUUCAGGCCCUCGAACACCGUGGUGAAAAUGGGACAAAAUGUGUCACUCAACUUAAGACAGGUGCUGAACUGGAUUAAACUAGAAUAUGACAACCCUCGAAUCUUGAUUUCGGAGAAUGGCUGGUUCACAGAUAGUGACAUAAAGACAGAAGACACCACAGCCAUCUACAUGAUGAAGAAUUUCCUCAAUCAGGUUCUUCAAGCAAUACAGUUUGAUGAAAUACAAGUGUUUGGUUACACGGCCUGGUCUCUCCUGGAUGGCUUUGAGUGGCAGUAUGCCUAUACCGCUCGCCGAGGACUGUUUUAUGUGGACUUUAAUAGUGAACAGAAAGAAAGGAAACCCAAGACCUCGGCACAUUACUACAAACAGAUCAUACAAGAAAACGGUUUCCCUUUGAAAGAGUCCACACCAGACAUGCAGGGCCACUUUCCCUGUGACUUCUCCUGGGGAGUCACCGAGUCUGUUCUUAAGCCGGAGUUUAUGGUUUCCUCCCCACAGUUUACCGACCCUCACCUCUAUGUGUGGAAUGCCACUGGCAACAGAUUGCUACACCAAGUGGAAGGAGUAAGGCUGAAAACAAAACCAUCCCACUGCACAGACUAUGUGAGCAUCAAAAAACGAGUUGAGAUGUUGGCCAAAAUGAAAGUCACCCACUACCAGUUUGCUCUGGACUGGGCCUCCAUCCUUCCCACUGGCAAUCUGUCCGAAGUUAAUAGACAAGUGCUAAAGUACUACCGGUGUGUGGUGAGUGAAGGACUGAAGCUGGGAGUCUCCCCCAUGGUGACGCUGUACCACCCCACCCACUCGCAUCUAGGCCUCCCUGAGCCGCUUCUGAACAGAGGGGGAUGGCUAAACACAUACACCGCCAAGGCCUUCCAGGACUACGCAGGGCUAUGCUUCCGGGAACUGGGGGACUUGGUGAAGCUCUGGAUCACCAUCAAUGAGCCUAACAGGCUGAGUGACAUGUACAACCGCACGAGUAAUGACACCUACCGUGCAGCCCAUAACCUGAUGAUUGCCCAUGCCCAGGUCUGGCGUCUCUACGACAGGCAGUAUAGGUCGGUCCAGCGUGGGGCUGUGUCUCUGUCCCUACAUUCUGACUGGGUCGAACCUGCCAACCCCUAUGUGGACUCGCACUGGAAGGCAGCCGAGCGCUUCCUCCAGUUUGAGAUCGCCUGGUUCGCCGAUCCGCUCUUCAAGACUGGUGAUUACCCACUGGCCAUGAAGGAGUAUAUCGCCUCCAAGAACCAGCGAGGGCUGUCCCGCUCAGUCCUGCCACGCUUCACCCCGAAGGAGAGCAGGCUGGUGAAGGGCACCAUCGACUUCUAUGCUCUGAACCACUUCACUACUAGGUUCGUGAUACACAAGCAGCUCAACAGCAGUCGCUCUGUUGCAGAUAGGGACAUCCAGUUCCUGCAGGACAUCACCCGCCUGAGCUCGCCCAGCCGCCUGGCUGUGAUGCCCUGGGGAGCACGCAAGCUGCUUGGGUGGAUCCGAAGGAACUAUGGGGACAUGGACAUCUAUAUCACAGCCAAUGGCAUCGAUGAUUUGGCUCUGGAGAAUGAUGGGAUCCGGAAGUACUACUUGGAGAAGUACAUCCAGGAGGCUCUGAAAGCGUACCUUAUUGACAAGGUCAAAAUCAAAGGCUAUUACGCAUUCAAACUGACAGAAGAGAAAUCUAAGCCUAGAUUUGGGUUCUUCACGUCUGACUUUAGACCUAAGUCAUCAGUCGAGUUUUACAGCAAGCUGAUCAGCAGCGGCGGCUUCCCCUCUGAGACCAGCAGUCCCGCAUGUGGUCAGCCUCCAGAAGACACCGGCUGCUCCCUCUGCUCACUUCUCACCCACAAGAAACCUCUCAUCUUCUUUGGUUGCUGCUUCAUCUCCACUCUGGCUCUACUGCUGUCAAUCACCAUUUUUCAUCAUCGCAAGAGAAGAAAAUGUCAGAAAUCAAAGAACUUACAAAAUAUACCCCUGAAGAAAGGCCACAGUAGAGCUCUUAGCUAAACUCUCAUUCAUGUCAGUUUAAAGGUUCACUCCAGUUCCAUGUACUGGUAACGUACAAUGUGAGAGACAUCUGUAGCCAAGGUGAUGACAAUCGAUGCCUUAGGUAUUGACAAUUAGUGAAUUCAUUCAGUUCUUAGCUGAAGGCUUCAUCCUGACAGUAAUUCUGGGGAUGACCCCAAACGCGACUUCAGGAAGUGUGAAGUAUUGUUUUACACCAUUUUUCUCUAGUUCUGUUCUGUAAAUAGCAAUCACUAUUCAUGGUAAAGGAAUUAAUCUUUAAAAGUGAAAUGCUGUUGUUUUAUACUUCAUGGUUUAAAACUAUUUUUUGUUGCUGUUGUUUUUGAGACAUGGUCUAUUAUGUAUCUCUGGCUGUCCUGGAACUCAAAGGUCCCACCUGCCUCAGCCUUCGGAGUACUGGGAUUAACGGCGUACACCACCACACCCAGCUAACACUAUUCUUUAAACUGUCACUUCUAACAAGGUGCUCUUCUGUUUAGGUCAGGUAGUCCUCAGAUGGAAUGUAGAAACAUAACAGGAUUUUAGAUGCUUGUCCAUAGGCAGUUACAGCAUAGGCUCUGAAACACACCAAUCCUAGCUUUUUUUUUUUUUUAACAAAAUACCAGGCAUUUUCUAAACAUUCAAUUGUGUGUGCUCUCUCUUACUGGACUUUUGAUUGGUGGGGUAAGGAGGAAGGUUCAAGACAGGGUACUUCUGUGUAUUUCUUGCUAUCCUGGAACUCGCUCUGUAGACAAGGAUGGCCUUGAACUCAAGAGAUCCAUCUGCCUCUCAAGUGCUGGGACUAAAGGACGGGGGUGGGGGCAGGGGGGAGCCCACUACACCCAACUUGGACUUCUGAUUUUAAAAGUAGUUUUCAUAACUCGUCAUAGAACGACCACAGGAUGGACAACUAGACUCAAGUGUCUGUCAAGGUCAGUUAGCCUUACAGCACAGUAAUUUCCAUUUUAAAAUAAACUGAUUUCAAGGUGAGAAGAUCUGGCACACAGGAAAGUUAAAAAGAUGUAGAUUUUACAAUGGGUAUUACCAUUAUUCAUGGAUUCCUGCUGUCCCCUAGAGCUUCGUAACUUUCUCAUGCACUGUCUCAUGAAUUCAGCAUGUUAAUUUGAAUGACCUAAUAUAAGUUUACUUUUUAAGGCUAGCACUAAGUUUCAAUUUGGAUGUUUUAUAUUUAAGGAACCAUGCUUGAUUUGAUCACGAACACUAAGGAUAACUUGAAUGUGUACCCAUUCACAUCCAUUCUUUCAAGUCAACAUGUACAUAACCAUGUUACCCAGUCAUUGUGAACCCUCUCCAGGAAUUUAGGCUGAGGAUUCAAAGAAAAGUAGCUCUUUCAUAAAGAGCCUUAGUAAUAAAGCAUCCUAAAAUAUAAGGUGA